AUGUUAGUCCCAUUUCAUGACAAAGCAGAACGAGCGCAUGCAUCAAGGAAUCGAACUUCGAUGUCAUGCCUACCGUCCACCACACUAGCCGCUGGGCCACCGUUGCACAGAGCCUUCGAUGAAGUCUCAAUUGAAGGCCCUAAGAAAAGUGACGGUUCUGAGUUCAAGAAGGGACCUAAAGGAUGGGCGAUGUCCUUCAUUUACCUUGGCAUACUGUGGAUGUUUGGAUUCUUAUUUACCGCUUUGAUUAUGCAUAUUUUGCUUAUUCAACUCGAAGAAAGACCGCAUUAUUUCGGAAGAGGUUCUCAUAUUGGAGGAAUUCCGGGCCUAAUCUUCGAACCGAAUCCCAACCGUUUCGAUGUAGGAACGAAGGGUGUGAUUCAGUUUCAGUCGGCCAUUCCACAGAGCUACUAUAAUUAUAUGGUGCGGUAUGGUUUGGUGCUAGACGGUGAAUACAAUAACACACAACUAUCAAAACCAAAGUGCGCGAACAUAGCAGGAGCUUCUGAUGGAGCUCCUACGAAUCGAUCUGUCUGCAGUGUGGAAGCUGGUAGUUCUGAGCUCUAUGGAGCCUGUGCUUUGACCAGGCGAAAUAUAGACAGAGGAAUGGGAUUCAGCAGUGGGGAACCGUGCAUCAUGCUUCGCCUUACAAGGAUGCUCGGUUGGUUUCCCGACGACUACACGGUUUCAAAGGUGUUUGAUGAUCUAAAAAUAAUUCUCCUCUCUUGA